CCCUAGGACCACCAAAAAGGGAAACAUUGCUUCUUCCCUCAAUAGCUGCUGAGGUUUCUUCGUCAACAAUUCAGCAUGGCUCAAACUCCGGCGAAGAAGCUCGUCGUAGACCCCCUAAUUCUCCGAUAACUCGUCAACAUGUCUGCGAUUCCGGCGAAGAAGCUCAUCAACGAUCCCCUCGAUGUUGUGAAUGAAUAUAUUGAAGGUCUUGUAGAGACAUAUCCUGGCUUAGACUAUCUAGAGGGCUUUCCUCAGGUGAAGGUUGUGUUUCGUGCAGAUAUUCCAUGUGGAAAAGGAACAUAUGAUAAAGUUGCAGUCAUAUCAGGGGGUGGCGGUGGCCAUGAGCCUGCUCAUGCUGGAUUUGUGGGAGAAGGAAUGCUGACAGCAGCCAUAUGUGGCGAUGUCUUUUCUUCUCCACCUGUUGAUUCCAUUCUUGUUGGGAUACGAGCUGUAACUGGUCCUAAGGGAUGUCUUCUAAUUGUGAAGAACUAUACUGGUGACCGCUUGAACUUUGGUUUGGCUGCUGAGGAAGCAGAAACUGAAGGUUUUGACGCAGAGACUGUUUUUGUUGAGGAUGAUUGUGCUUUACCUCCACCUCGAGGGAUUGCUGGAAGAAGAGGAUUGACAGGGACUGUUCUGGUUCAGAAGGUUGCAGGAACUGCUGCUGCUGCUAGUCUUUCUCUCGCUGAUGUUGCUGCAGAAGCAAAGCACGCAUCUGAAGUUGUGGGGACAAUGGGUGUUGCUUUACAUCCUUGCACACUUCCUGGUAUGGGUCUAGCAGAUCGUUUGGGGCCAGGAAAGAUGGAAUAUGGCCUUGGAAUUCAUGGAGAACCUGGUGCUGCUGUGACUGAUAUUCAGCCUGAAGAUGAGGUGGUUUCUCAUGUUCUGAAGAAAAUAUUGCCUAAGGAAACAAACUAUGUUCCGAUACCUCCAGGUUCUAGAGUGGUCCUCAUGAUCAAUGGGUUAGGUGGCACUCCUUUAAUGGAACUAAUGAUUGCAGCAGGCAAAGCAGUUCCUAAGUUGCUGGUGGAGCAUGGAAUGGCUGUUGAUAGAGUUUAUACAGGAUCAUUUAUGACUUCUCUAGAUAUGCAAGGUUUCUCAAUUUCUAUCAUGCGGGCUGAUCCUUCUAUUCUCCUACGACUAGACGCUGAAACUAAAGCUCCUUACUGGCCUGUUGCAGUUGAGGGUACUCGCCGCCCAACUAAACUUCCUGUUCCAAUUCCACCAUCUCGAUCAGCCAAGAGUAGUGAGCCACAAAAACUGCCACUAAAACUAAAUGCCCAAGGAAAACUACAAAAGGCAUCCAUGGAAGCUGGUGAUUACACAAUUAUAAAUCUCAAGGACAAACAAAAUGAAUGGGACACUGCAGUUGGUGAUGGUGACUGUGGGUCAACUAUGUUUAGAGGUGCAAAACAAAUUCUUGAGGAUAUAGAAAUUUACCCUCUGAAUGAUGCUGCUGAAACUUUCAAUGAAAUUGGAUCAUCAAUUGGAAGAUCAAUGGGCGGAACUAGUGGGAUCAUACAUACAAUUCUUUGUAAGGCAGCAUGUGUACAGCUGCAAGCAAGCUCCCAUUCUGUUGUCAUGCCAAAAAAAUGGGCUGAGGCACUUGCAGCUGCCAUUGAUGCUGUUAAGAAGUAUGGGAAAGCUGAGGCUGGUUAUAGAACAUUACUAGAUGCCCUUAUUCCAGCCUUGUCAACUCUUGAAAAGGAAUUAGACUCUGGUGGUGAUCCUUGCACUGCUUUUAUUAUCUCUUAUGUAGCUGCAUUAGAUGGAGCUCAGUCAACCAAGCACAUGAUAGCAAAGCAUGGAGAACCUGGUGCUGCUGUGACUGAUAUUCAGCCUGUAGAUGAGGUGGUUUCUCAUGUUCUGAAGAAAAUAUUGUCUAAGGACAACUAUUCUUGCAUACCAGGAACAGGAAAACAAAAGAGGUCUGGCCCAGCAAAGGUGAGAAAAAAUGCUAACAAAUGUUUAAUAUUAGACAAAAGUAGUAAUCAUUGUACAGAUAAUUUAUAUCUUUAUCAUUUGUCAUUACAGUACUUAAAUAAACAAUGUGCAAGAGGUGAACCAUCACAACCAACUAAGAGGGUAGUAAGGAUAAGAGAAUCUCGUACACAAAGCAAAAAAGCAAAACAGAACAGCCCUACAAACCAAUCCCCUUCCAAAAAGGCCAUACUCAUUGGAGUAGUUUAUCCCAACGAAAAAGAAGACGACCGAAUCUUAUCCCAUGCUUUGACAGAAGUUAGGGUAUUAAAAGAAUUUCUUGCCACGUAUUACAAAUUCAAAGAAGGAAAUAUACAAAUACUUUGUGACAUGGGAGGUCAUAGAGUUCCGAAUCAAAGAAAUAUCAAGAUGGACGUGAGGAAACUAGUAAUGGAAGCUAUACCAAGAGACCUUCUCUACAUCCACAUUGCAGCUCAUGCCAAGAAUGGUAAAGGGGAGAAGAAGAAGAACACACUACCACUGAUAGAGUGCUCGGAUCUUAAACCUGUAACAGGUAAAUAUGAUCCAGUUUUUUUUAUUAGGAAGUUGGAAAAUAUACAUCACAUCGAAAUAAACAUGCAUCAUGACUUUCAAUACAUAAAUUAUGAAUCUAAAUACAAUGCUAAAUACAAUCUCUUAUGAAUUCUAGUGAUAUGCUA